AUGUCGUCUACUGAUAAUUUUUUUUCAUUUUCUUGGAGAAUCAACUGUUUUAAUGAAUUAGCAGCAAGACAUCCAAAUGAAACAUUUUUUUAUAGUGAUAGAUUUUGGUCUCCAAGAGGACAACCAGGUAAAACUUCGUUAUCUUCAUCAUCGCCUUCAGCAGCAAUUGUAUCAACAACAAAUACAACUAUAGCAUUUAAUGAGAAUAAUAUUUUAUGUGGACAAACCAAUAAUCAUAAUAAUACCUGUUAUUUAUGGAGGUUAAAAAUGUUUCCUAAUGGGGUAGAUAAAAAGUCUAAUGAUCAUUUGUCGCUUUAUCUUGAAGCUAUUCAUACACAAUAUGAGAAGGUAAAUGGUAUAGGAGGUAGACAAAAAAAAUUCAGAUUGUCACUUUUUCGCAUUGAUCCCAAUAACAAUAAUAAUUCACAACAAUCGCAGCAGCAACAACAGUUGUCAUUGCAACAAUUUCAUCGACAUACAUUAGAAACAAAGUUUGAAUUUAAUGGUUCGAAUUCAGAUUAUGGAUUUGCAAGAAUUAUUGCAUUAAAAGAUUUGUUCCCAAUUACAAAUGAAAAUUUGUACCCGGAAAUGGAUUUACUAGUCAGGGUGCAAAUAUUCAAUGAUCUUCCAACUGGUGAAGGAACAAGUUCGAUUGCGAACAUAUUUGAUCCUUCACUGGGACCAUUCGAAAAGUAUUUUGAAGUGGAAAAAUUUUAUGAUAUAGAGUUUGUGUUUGAUUGUGGAUCAGUGAUGAAGGCACAUCGGGUAAUAUUGGCUGCGAGAUCAGCGUAUUUUGAGAAUUUGUUGGGGGGAGAAUGGAAGGAAGGUCACAUGAAAGCGAUUGCUAUUAGAGAUAUGCCGUAUAAAACGUUCAGAUCGAUAGUUCAUCAUCUUUACACAAAUAAACUUGAGGAUGACUUAACGUUUGAGCUGCUGAGAGAAAUUUUUUCUAAAGCAGACAUGUUGGGCAUUCCACAGCUUGGAACGAUGGCAACAGAAAGAAUGGUUAGAUUGAUAAAUAGUGAGAAUUGGGAUCAGAUAUUAAUGUUAGGAUGGGAGUUUCAAGAUAACAGGUUACGAACAGCAGGCUUAGAAUUUGCAAUAGAUAAUUGGACAAAGAUACGAGACACAGAAAAUAUGAAACAAGUGAUGGAGUGUGGUAAUAUGGAUUGGAUCGAAGAAUUAAUUCUUGGCAACUUCCUUGCUACAAGAAAUGGUAAGUAA